CCAUUUGUCAAAAAUUUUAAUCUCUGAUGUCAUCUUUCAUUCAAUAACCUAAAUCUCAAUAUUUAUUAAAUAAUUAUAUCUAAUAUUUACCAGUACCUACAUACUUAUAAUUCUAUCCAAAUCCAAACAUGUCGAAUAAACAACAAAACAAAAGGGCCAAAUGGAGUCUUGAAAAUAUUAAAAUAACCCGUGUAUCUGCCGAAUCUUUACCAUCACCACCGGGCUACAACGCAUCAAGUGUUGGUUCCAACAGUGAAGUAUCAAAAAAAACGGACGUUUCCCGUCUAAUAACAAAGAAGUCUUGGGAUCUUGCUUUGGCUCCAAUGAAACAAGUACCAAUGAACCUAUUCAUUAUGUAUAUGGCUGGAAAUUCCAUAUCUAUUUUUCCUAUCAUGAUGGUAGGAAUGUUAUUAAUGCGACCAUUACAAGCUAUUUGGUCUACAAAGGCGACUUUCAAAAUGAUGGAAACGUCCAGUGCCAUUUUGCAAAUGAUUGUUUAUGUGUUCGGUAAUUUUGUAAAUAUAGGUUUAGCACUCUAUAAGUGCCACAGUAUGGGUCUACUACCAACCCAUGCCAGUGAUUGGUUAGCAUUUGUGGAACCUCCAAUUCGGCUAGAAUAUUUGGGUGGAGGAAUAAAAAAGUGA